GCGGAAUUGCUUCCAGUGCAAGAUGCUUAUCAACUUUAGCCAUUAGCAGACUCAAGAGCGGCGAUCGGUUUCCAUACAAUCAAAACGCAUGCUGUUCAUCGAAGGCGUAAUCUCGGAUGAUGGGUUCUCAUUUCUAUAAUUACUUUCAUCGCGUGCAGUUCACUGUAAGGAUCGGUUGUAAAUCAAAAUUUAAAAACGUGGUUUUAAUUUACGAUCAGUUCGGUUGCUAAUUAUCAGUGUUUCUCAGUAUGGCUCAAUGGGUCAAAUUUCUGUCGUUGAAACAAUCUGAACGAAAUCGCGCGUUAGGACUGGAAACCGACGAAGAGUAUCGUAAAAGAUGGAUUUCUAUCAGGAUUAUUUACUUCAAUGGUUUUCUUAUUUACCUGGCCUUUGGAAAUAUUACAACUAGCGCUUGGCCUUACUUGAAAUCCUUAGAUCCAGAAGCCACCAAAACUUUCCUAUCGUAUGUUUUUGGAAUACCAUCCGUGAUGCAGCUGGUGUUUGCUCCGGGAUUUGGAUAUUGGAACAACAAACUGUCGUCCAUUCGAAUGCCUAUGCUCCUCUUCUUGGUGAUCUACGUGAUCGGAAACACACUUUAUGCCGUCCUGGAGGAAAUACCCGAUCAUCGAAGGCACUAUAUGCUUGUUUCACGAGCAUUUGUGGGGAUUGCUUUCGUGUGUUGCGCCAUUUAUCGGGCAUACGUUUCGACGGCCACAACAGUAGCAGAACGGACCAAAACCAUGUCCUAUCUGGCACUUGCACAAGCCAUCGGAUUGCUUGCAGGAUCCGUUUUUCAGUCCCUGUUUGCGUUGCUAGGUGAGGAGGGAUAUCGUGUGGCUGGAUUGUUCCAACUUAACAUGUACACCGCCAACGGAUGGAUCUGCGUUGUUUUGGGUGUCAUUAACAUCAUCCUUAUGAUGCCUGGCAUCUUCGAAGAUCAGGCAAUCGCCGUUAAGGAAGCUAUGAAGGGUACGGGUAUGGCCACCAGCAAGGAUGUGUACAAAUCGCUUAAACUUCAAUAUUUGGCAACGUUUUUGAUGGUGUUGGCUUUUGGACUCCUAAUGUUCGUCUAUUCUGCAUAUCAAACGUAA